GGGAAGAGGGGAAACUGUCUUCACCGUUAAACGCAAUCACAAGCUUCCUGCAACCGUUUUAUGCAUUUAGAUGAAAAUUUAGGAGCCUAUUAGGAACUCGAGAUAAGCAGACUACCAAGAUACUUGGUAGUAUCUUCGAAGCUGCCUUGAUUUAAAGCCAAUAAUUAAAAAAAACAACAACUGUGUGACUCAGUCUCCAGCCAGGUAAAAACGCUCAGGUUGGCGUUGUCUGGAAAAGUGGUUUAAACUGCCCGUUCGUUAAGCCACGCUCGUAAUUUAGGGGAGAAGAAUGAGCCGGUUUAGCGCGUAGGGGCGCCUCGGCCCCCCGCUGGCCACGCUGGAAGAGUGCUGCCGUCCGAGCUUUGUGCCUUCGCGCACGCGCCGCAGCCCCAACGCCGCCGCCGGGACGCGCCGGGGCCCUGGCAAGGCGGGGCCCGGAAUAGAGCGCGUGAGUGUGACGUCGCUGCGUGCGGCGCCUCUUGUUGCCGGGCAGCGAUGGCGGCCUCUCUGGAGUCCUCUGGGGAGGAUCCGCUGCGGAACUUUGUGCGAGUUUUGGAGAAGCGAGAUGGCACGGUGUUACGACUGCAGCAGUAUGGCUCCGGCGGCGUGGGUUGCGUUGUUUGGGACGCUGCCAUUGUCCUUUCUAAAUAUCUGGAAACGCCCGGAUUUGCCGGCGAUGGGGCCCACGCGCUGAGCCGGCGGUCGGUGCUAGAGCUGGGCUCGGGCACCGGGGCUGUGGGGCUCAUGGCCGCUACCCUCGGGGCAGAUGUCAUAGUCACCGAUCUUGAGGAAUUGCAAGACUUGCUGAAGAUGAAUAUUAAUAUGAACAAGCAUCUUGUCACUGGUUCUGUUCAAGCCAAGUCUUUGGAGCCAUUGUUGAAAACCCUAAAAGAUCUCAGUGGGUCUGAGACUUGUAUUAUAUGUUGUUAUGAACAGCGAACAAUGGGGAAAAAUCCAGAAAUCGAGAAAAAAUAUUUUGAGCUCCUUCAACUAGACUUUGACUUUGAAAAAAUUCCUUUGGAAAAACAUGAUGAAGAAUAUCGAAGUGAAGAUAUUCACAUUUUAUACAUCAGAAAGAAAAAAUCGAAAUUUCCAUCAUGAAAUCUUUAGUCAUCUUACCCAGGCCUCUAACAACGUGCGCGUAAGCUAAUAACGUGAAUGAAGCAUGUGAAUACAGCAUGGGAAGAUUGUGUUCACAGAUUUUUUCAGCAUGUCUUUAGGGAUCCGAUCUAUAGAUAACCACCACUGGCUGCCUGCAAUAUGAAAAAUGACUUGACUGACUGCCUACCUGCCAAUGGGCCUGAAAUCCAACUUAGUUUACUUUUAGCUCCACAUCAAGUUCUGCUUAAAAGAAACAUUGUGUCAGUCACUCCUCCAAUAAAAAUAGGUACUGAGGUUAGCCUAAAGUCUGCCAAAAAUAAUGAAGUAGCAUGGUUGGCUUGGCGUGUUUUCAGGAAAAUAGAGGUAAGUUGAUCCAGUUUCUAAAGAGAGGUAUCAGUUACUCUUUAAUAAUGUUUAAAUUCAAAUCAGUAAAUUUUAAUUUGUCAUCAAGAUAAAUUUAAGAGAGGGUUUUAACAUUUAUACAAUGGGUUUUAUUAUAAGUAUCUUCCACUUCAUUGUUUUUCAGACAACUUUAAUAUUUGUGUUCUUUUACUUGAGGGGAAAAAAACAACAAAAAACAAAAAGACUGUUUCGUGACCAAAGUUCUGUGCUUUUCCUUCACCUUGCUGAUUACAGUAUAAUUUACCCUGUGAAUUAUAUAAUAAAUUAUACUGUGGUCGGUUAAUAAAGAUGAAAGUAAGAAGUCAGAGUGCAAGGGGUAUCUGUAAAAUUUUUUAUUUGAGAAUGGAGUGAGAAUAAAAGGCCCAGCUUUAGGCUCGUGCAUUUAUGUGGCUCGUGCACUUUUCCUCAUGCAUAGCUCCCAGGAAAAUGUGGCUAAAUCACUGGUGAUAACUUGUUUAUAUGAAACAGAAAGCUAUUUAAAUAACUACAAGUGUAGUUCUGUGUACAUUUACCAAAUGAUUUUUUUUCUGUGUGGUCUCUGUCUUAUGUUAUGAUAAUCAUCUGUUCUCAGACUGAUCUGUCAGGACUUCCCAGUCGCACUGGUUCCAAAGCAUAAUAGUAACCAGAUGGAAUGCUGGUACUUAACAGGCAUUGGUGCUAGGUGGCACAUUUUAUGUGUUAAAAUAAACAUUGUUUUUGAGAUCCUG